AUGAUAAAUAGUCUUGAAUGGAUAAUUCAAACUCAGAUAUUAUCAUAUGAUCAAAUAACACAUUUUUGUGUACAAUUAUCAUAUUCAUUAGCAACAUUUGAACAAAUUUUACAAUGUCGACUAAAAAAUAAAAUGACAAUUAUUAAUAUAGUUAAACUAUUAACUAAAUUAUAUACUAUUCUUGAUGAAUUUACUCGUCAAAUAAUUAAUAAUAAAACACCAAUUCGUGAUGAAUUUGAAAAACUUGCAUCAAUAUGGGGUUCACAAUUACAACAACCUUGUUAUGGAUUUUUAACUUAUACAAUGAAACGUUUAUUAGAGACAUUUAAAAUGUCUGCUGUACGAGAUUUUCGAUUUAAUUUGGUUAGUAUACCCGACGAACAACGAACAUUACAAACAAGUCAUUAA